GCCCCUUCCCAUCUCACUCGGAUAGAGACGUUGGAGAGGACACCAUGUUUUCGUGUUGUCUCCCCCUGUACCGAGACCAAGGCGUCAAGAGAAGCAGCCAUAAGAGUGGGUUCCGCAGUGGCCCACGCUAUUUCGAUCCUCAGCUCAGACCCGUGUCGCCCUUGAAAUGGUUGGAGCCAGAGGACUUAACUCGGGUCAUAGCGGGACAGCAGCCACCCAGGUUCUGGAGGUGGCAUGCAACCUGGAAUCCAAGGCCGAAGAGAGUUUUAAGGUCCACCCUGGAUCCAGUUUCCAGCCCCGGCCUGCAGGCGCCCAGGCUCCCCAGGAAGUUCCCAGCAUGUGCCUACAUGCGGCCAAAUGGCCACGGGAAUCACUCCUGGCCAGAGUCCCUGGAGCCCGAGGAGGCAGAGCCCAAGGCACCGGCCCAGGAGGCAGAGGAGGCUCCUGCAGAAACACCUGAAGUCCAGACAGAGGCGUCUGACGAGGAGUCGGAUGAAGAGCUGGAGGCGUGGGCACCUCCAGAGCUCCUGCCACCUCCAUCAGCCUCUCCGGUGGCAGCUGUGGAGCCGGGGCCGGCCUGGGAGGCACCUGCAGACAUGACUGAGGCCCCACCACCCCUGGAUGAGGAGCCCUCCCUGGAACCUGCCCAGGGUCCUGCCUCAGAGGAGGAGCUGCCUCCUGAAAGCCCAGCAGCGCCAGCUCCAGAGCCGCAGGCUGAGACUGCUCGCCGUCUCCCCUCAGAAAAACUGAUUUCUUGGGGCAAUACAGAGCUUUCUCUUGGCUUCCUUGCAGUCUCCAGUGCCUUUGAUUUUGGAAAUGCUACCAGCUUGAUGACUGCAUUUUCAGUGGUGGACAUUUUUGAUAUGCCUCAGAAGCAAGGACUUACAAGAAUAUCUACUUCCCAGUGGUAA